AUGAUGAAAAUGUUGACCAUAACAAAUCAGCUAAAGAACGAAGGAUUUGCAUCGCCUAUCUCUUUCCGGUAAAAAGAAAAAAAUCAGAAGAGGAUAAAUGCGCUAAAAGAAGAAGGCUAGAAGGUGUCGCUUAUGAUGAAAAUGUUGAACAUAAAAAAUCAGCUAAAGAACGAAGGAUUUGCAUUGCCUAUCUCUUUCCGGUAAAAAGAAAAAAAUCAGAAGAGGAUGAAUGCGCUAAAAGAAGAAGGCUAGAAGGUGUCGCUUCAAGGUCAUCAGAUGACGACUACGACUAUUGUGAAAUUAUACAUGCGUUUUCGCUUCAUAGAAAGAGAUCCAUAAAUACAGAUUUAGUCAGCUUUUUAAUUGAUCUCCUGCAAAUCUUGAGGAGGGAUUCCAUGGGGAAAAUAGAAGAAUGCGUAUAUACGUUUACUGAAGAUGAGGUGAAUAUGGCUAAAGAGUUUUUCGUAGAACAAGAAUGCUUUCAACAUGAAGCUUCUAAGCCUCUUCGCCAAGAUUCAUAUCUAAUUAGAUAUGCCACAGAAGAUACAGACAGUUAUGCACUACCUGGGAUUGAUUAUGAAAUUCAUCUGCCAUUGCUAAAGCCAAGCGGAGAUGGAGAGGUCCCUUCAAAAAAUAUGAAUCUGUCAAAUGAUUUGCAUCUGACUGAGAAAGCCGACCAUCAACAUCAAGUAGAACACUUCUUGGACAUUUGUCAAUAUUGUGGAAGAAGACACACGUUGGAAUUUGACCAACCUAAUGAAGAAGUGUAUCCAGUGAAAACUGGUCAGCCAAAUGAAGGACAAACGUCGGAACGUUUGAAUGAAGUAGGCAAAGCAGACCAUCUUGAUGAAGCGAAACAGAUAAAACUUGUUACUGCAUCUGCUGGUUCAAGACAACUUGAACAGGUGUAUACUGAAACAUCAAUGACUGUCCAAGAGAAAAAAGGAGAAAUUCAAGUGCAAGUAUUGCCAAACGAUUUUGUCUGUCAAUCGGAUGUGGCAUCUGUAUCAAAGGAGAAUUUGCAGGAAGCGCUUAAUUCAGCCGAUUGUAUCCGAGAUGAAACAUUUAAGAAUUUAGAAUAUAAAAUGGUUACUCAUUAUCCCUUCCAAAAAAAUAUGUUCUUUGAGAAGUGUGAUGACCCGUACUUCCAUACACAGAAGAAAAACUUCGCACCGCCUGAAGACACAGAAAAAGAUUUUUAUAGAGAAUUAGAAAUGCCGCAACCACAAAUAGAUACUAGCUUGUUAAAAUUCAUAGCUUUACCUGCUUUUGAUCCUGUUCUUGCAAUUAUUGAUCAGAUUGCCAAUGGAACACCUCCAACACCACAUAUAUCAAUGAGAUAUGAACUAUUACGUUUCUGUACUUUAAGAAGUUACCCAAAGGAAAACAAACCAUAUCUCAUCAAGCUAGCAGAAGCAGGAUUUUACUAUGCCUCAGAUGGUGAUGGUGUCGUCUGCUACUGCUGUGGAGUUCGAAGAUAUAACUGGGUGGCGGAAGAUAGGCCAAUGGAAAUUCAUGAAAGAAUAAAUCCAAACUGCAAAUUCCUCAGAAAAAAUGAAGAAGUCAAUGUACCAGUCCAGUACUUUGGGCCAUACAACAGAGCCUUGAUGGCUAUAAUAGACAUUCCAGAACCAAGGGAAAGAUCAGAGCAGAGUGAAGACGUUAACAAUGACUGGGCACCAGAGAGAAUUCGCAGUCCAGCACCUUCACAACAAAACAGACAAGUUGAAACUGGGGCAAAUUCACUUGGUAUAAAUACAGCAACCCCCAAACACACCCAAUAUGCUACAAAGACAGCUAGAGAAAGUAGUUUCAGUGAAUGGCCUGAUACAGCCAGUCAUACUCCGCAGGAACUGGCUGAAGCUGGUUUCUUUUAUGCAGGGUUUGGCGAUUGUGUCAGGUGCUUUUACUGUGGGAUAGGACUACGUCACUGGACCAAAGAUGACAAUCCAUGGAUAGAGCAUGCGCGUUGGUCUCGAAAUUGUGUGUUUGUGAAACAGAAGAAAGGAGAGGAGUUUGUUAACCUCGUUCAGCUUGCUGUGCAGUACUCACAAGAUGUUAGCUAGUUUUAUUCCAUAUGUUUCUCUCAUUUCACUAGCAGUCAUGUCUUUAGUUCAUUGAGCACAACGUGCUCAAGAUGAAAUUCUGAUCACCCUGUGUCCGUUUUACAUCGUCACCCGUCGUCCUGCGUCGCCACCAGUUUGACUGUAAAGCUAUGGAUGUCUAACUCUUCAUGAAACAUGGUCAGAAUUUUACCCUCGGACGAGUUUUUAUUGGGUAAUCUAAGUUAGAAAACUAGGUAACUAGGUCAGUUGAUAGGAAUACUAUGUCAACACUCUAAAUGUUUUCUACCUGUCUCUCAUGAGGCUUCGUCAGAACGUCUGUCUCUAUGAAAUCUAGGUCAAGUUUGAAACUAGAUUACCUGAGGCCUUAAACUAGGUCUUUAGGUCAAAUAAAGAAAAAAAAAACAUUGUUAACACUCUACAUUUUCUAUUUGAUUGUCAUAAAUCUUUGUCAGAAUAUUUUUCUCAAUAAAAUGCAGAUAUAGUUCAAAAUUAGAUCACAUGAGGUCAAAGAUUACGCCACUGGGUCAUAUUGUAGAAAAACAUUCUUAGCACUCUCUAGAGGCCACAUUUUCGCUUGAUGUUCAUGAAAGUUACUCAGAAUA